CGAUAACCCAAACAAUCAUAUCUUUGUGACUUGAACUUGUAUCUUAUCUUACUUUAUCUUAAGGAACUAAAAUUUCCCGUGAUUAAGUAAUACAAAUUUUCGGGUAUAAAUACUUGAGACAAAAACUAUUUACAUCAGUUUAAAUUUUAACAAUGUUCCGUGCAAUCGUCUUUACUUGCCUCUUAGUAGCUGUCUCUGCCUAUUGGCAACCAAAAGGUCAACGCAUCGUUGGCGGAGAGCAAAUUACCAUCAACCAACGUCCCUUCCAAGUUUCAUUGAACUACAAUGGAUAUCACUAUUGCGGCGGUUCAAUUCUCAAUGAAUACACAAUCUUAACUGCUGCUCAUUGUGCUCAAAAUCACGUCAGCUACUACAAAGUUCGUGCUGGAUCUUCUUCAAAGAACGAAGGAGGACAAUUAGUUCAAGUUUCAACAAUUAUCAACCAUCCAAGAUAUGGUUCUAAUGGAUACGAUUCUGAUGUUGCCAUCAUGAAGCUCUCAGAGCCAUUGAGAUUUAGUGCAGAAGUUCAACCAAUCAAAUUGGCGCCAAGAGGAUACCAAGUCGGUGACGGAGACACUGUCGUUGUUAGCGGAUGGGGAGCUUUAGCAUCUGGCGGAUCAUCUCCAAUGUACCUUUAUCAAGUCGCUGUUCCAACUGUCAACCAACAAGUUUGCGCAAAUGCUUAUGGAGCAAGCAGCAUCACAAAUACCAUGAUCUGCGCAGGUCUUGGAGGCAAGGAUUCAUGCCAAGGAGAUUCUGGCGGUCCAUUGACUCACGGCGAUUUGCACGUUGGCAUUGUUUCAUGGGGACGUGGAUGUGCAUUGGCUGGAUAUCCAGGCGUUUAUGCUCGUACCUCUGAAUUGCGUGAUUUCAUCGAUCAAUAUGUUUAAGUACUUAUUUAUUUAUUUAUUUAAUUAA